CUCCCAACCAAGUUUACCUCUGCCCGUGCUACUCCGCCAGCCCAGAGCCCGAGCUACUCCCCUGCCCAUUCCCGCUUGUUUCUUUUCCCACUAAACCCGAAUCAUGUCGGGCGCUCCUACCUCGCCCGUCAAGGGCAUGAGCUGGGGCUCGGCCGCCGCCAUGGCUGCCGGCCUGGACGCCGAACUGCUGUCCAAAGUCUCCACCGUGUUCGUGCCCUCCGAUGAUGCCAUCAAGGCCUACGUGACCAGCUCUGGUGCCACCAGCGCCGACCUGGCCACCGGCAGCGGCAAGAGCGCCGUCACCGCGCACGUCAUUCCCAACAAGACGCUGACCAGCGCCGACUUCCCCGAGGGCUCCUCCUCCUAUAACACGGUGGCGGGCGUCCCCCUCACCGUGUCCAAGGCCGGUGGCCAGCUGACCGUGUCUGCCGGCAGUGUCACUGCCAACGUCAUCCAGUCUGACAUCUCCACUGGCAACGUCAGUGCGCUCGACUGCGUGCAUGGUGCAGCGGAAAAGGCCACCAUCUUCCUGAUUGACAAUGUGCUGAGCCCGGUGGUGUAAGGUUAGUGAACAACUUAGGGCCCCAGCAGCAAUGUAUGCCGUGGUGGUACAAGCCAACCAGUGAAUGUAUGCCUACGCUAGGAUGGGAGCAGGAGAGUAGACAUGUAUGCAUACUGUUUAGAUGAGGAGUUCUGGUUGAGUAGGUUGAGUUGAUGCACACAAUGUUGUAGUGUAAGUCAAGGUCGCG